GAAAUUUUUGAAUGUGAGUAAAGGCUUGGCAAUGUUGCAUCAGGAAUCUAACCUAAUACAUAACAAACGUCACUGUCACAGUUCGCAAUUUUGUAGGUUGAUGAUUUAAUCUGAAGGGCAAAAUGCUGAAGCCAAGCACUGUAUCCGGAUAUUUCCGUGCCACCAGCCAAGUGGUGAGCAACCAGUUGAAUGUGUCCAACAAUGCAGCAAUUUUGCCCAAGAAGAAGGUAGCUCACAUUCCCUUCCAGGGAACUUCUGCUCUUUCUUUAGCCAAAACGCUACCCAAUGCUAACUUGUCAGUAUCUUGCGGCCCCGCUGCCUCACUCCAAGUCAGAUGGGCACACACUGACAUUACGGUACCAAACUUCGACAACUAUCGCAGAAAUUCGACGAAAGAUCCUACGCGAAAGGCCUCAGAAACUGAGGAUACGAGAAAGAACUUCACCUAUCUGCUUGCUGGCGGUUUAGGGGCUGCUUCUGUUUAUGGAACUAAAAACAUUGUGACCUAUUUCAUCAGCUCAAUGAGCGCUUCCGCUGAUGUAUUAGCUUUGGCUAAAAUCGAAGUCAAGUUGGGUGAUAUUCCCGAAGGGAAAUCCGUUACCUUCAAAUGGAGAGGCAAACCUCUGUUUAUUCGGCACAGAACUGCAGAUGAAAUCGCCGCAGAACGAGCCGUUCCCGUAGAAUCUCUUCGGGAUCCUCAACAUGACAAUGAUCGUAUUCAAAAGCCCGAAUGGCUUGUCGUAUUGGGGGUUUGCACCCAUUUGGGUUGUGUGCCCAUUGCCAACUCUGGCGAUUUUGGGGGCUAUUAUUGUCCUUGCCAUGGCUCUCAUUACGAUGCCUCUGGCAGAAUCAGGAAAGGCCCUGCGCCCCUCAACUUGGAAGUCCCUUACUAUGAGUUCGCAGCUGAAGAUACUUUAGUUGUGGGUUAAAGCGAAUAUUACCAGUUAUUCAUUGAAAUUCUGAUUUUGGUUCAGGCCCUUCUAAUAUAAGGUUAAUCAGUGUUUAUUCUUAGCGCGCCUAUUGGCCACUAGAAAAAAUUAAAACUUAGGAACCAAAACUACCAUUUUUAUGAAUAUUUAAAUAUGCGUGUUUCUAAAUCAAUUUUCGUGUUAAAACCAACUUAUUUAUGAUUAAAAUGCAGUGAGCCUGUACAUGUUUGAGUUUUAUGUGAUAAGUCCGAUAGUAACAGAUAUUUGCAGUGUAAUCCCGACACCCACAAACAGUAAAGCAACAGUGAACUGUAUAUAAAAUUUGUUUUAAAUAAAGCAAAUAAAAAUA